CACGGCACCAAGACAGGUUUUCAGACCCCCAAAUUCAGCCAGGUCCCAAGGACUCUCUAGCCACUUUCAAUGGAUGGCAGAGCAGGUACCUGCGUUCCGAGUGCCUGGCACUCACAUCCACAUUCUAACCUCACCGGACCAGUUCUAUCAGGCCAUGAAGGCACGAAUUCAGACAGCAAAGAGACGAGUGGUGAUGGCUUCUCUCUACCUAGGAACAGGGCAGCUGGAGCGGGAACUGGUAGAGUGUAUAGAAGAGGCUCUUCAACAGUCACAGGACCACAGUCGCUCUCCUGACCUAAAGGUGUCCAUACUUUUGGACUAUACCCGUGGAUCGAGAGGUCAGGUCAAUUCGAGGACCAUGCUGCUGCCUCUGCUGCAGCGCUUCACUUCUCAGAUGCGAGUCUCUCUGUACCAUACUCCAGACCUGCGCGGUUUACUGCGACUGUUGGUCCCUCAGCGCUUCAAUGAGACCAUCGGAGUCCAGCACAUCAAAGUCUACUUGUUCGAUGACAGCGUCAUCAUUAGCGGGGCCAACCUCAGCGACUCGUACUUCACCAACAGGCAGGACCGCUACGUGCUGCUGGAGAACUGCAGAGAAGUGGCUGACUUCUUCUCUGAGCUGGUGGAGGCUGUGGGAGACGUCUCCCUGCAGCUGAAGCCCGACGACUCGGUCACCAUGAUGGAGGGCAUGGUGCACCCGUACAAUGGCAACAGGCAGGAUUUCUCAUCAGUGGCACGGGAGCGCAUCAUGGAGGUCAUGAACACAGCCCACACCAGGCAGCAGCUGCUGAUCCAGUCAGAAGACUCUGAGGACGACAGGAUGAGUGAGGGGGAGGAGGACACUUGGGUGUUUCCUCUGGUGCAGAUGAAACCUCUGGGCAUCCAGAUGGACGAGCAGGUCACACAGCGUUUGUUGAGAGACGCCGAACCAGACUCCACUGUUUUUCUAACAUCGGGCUACUUCAACCUGACCCAGGCGUACAUGCGGUUGGUGCUUGGGGCUGGAGCCAGCUACCGCAUCCUCACCGCCUCCCCAGAGGUCAACGGGUUCUUCGGUGCCAAAGGUGUGGCUGGAGCCAUUCCCGUUGCGUACAUUCACAUCGCCAGGCAGUUUUAUGACCGGGUUUGCCAGAUGGGCCAACAGGAGAGGGUCCACCUGCAUGAGUACCACAGAACACAGUGGACCUUCCACGCCAAAGGUCUGUGGUAUUACCUCCAGGGGCAGGAGCGACCUUGCCUCACUCUAAUUGGCUCCCCAAAUUUUGGUUACCGCUCAGUUCACCGUGACCUGGAGGCCCAAAUUGCCAUAGUUACAGCAAACAAGGAGCUGCAGAGUCAGCUGCAGGAGGAGCAGGAGAUGUUGUACCAACGAUCCACGGGGGUAGACAACUCCACAUUUGACCAGCCGGACCGCCACGUCAAGCUGUGGGUCAAACUGGUCACUCCUUUCAUCAAGAAUUUCUUCUGAGGAGACUGCGAUCCCACAGUGAAGGACUCCAUGAAGGUCGGUCUGCUCCAGGACCAGGACUACAUGAAGGACCUUCUCACCACAUUUAUCAGUGACUCACAGCAGCAGAUGUGUGUGGAGUGGAAUCCCUCAUACUCUGCAUUUCCGUACUGUGCUGUUGUGUUUUUGUACGAGCAGCUGCUGUAGUCACACCAUGCCACAUACAAACAGCCCCAUCUACUGCAUGUCCAUCUCUACAGGUAGGUGGUGGACAUGUGUGGAGGCGACAGCCUUCAUCAGUGAGUGACGAAGACGAGCCUUGAUGAUAGUUUUAAGAGGUUCCUGGGUGUGUUUAUAACCUUGCCCACUGCAGUAAUUAAACUGCACAGUGACUAUGUCAUUAACUGUUUAAAUUAAAGGUUGCAGUUGUUUUUAAAUCA